UGAGGGCUUUUUUAGUAGGUAUGUGAGUACCGCAUGUGCGAAAAUGGACAAGUGUGGGAAAGUGGAAGGCAAAGCCGGAAAGAAGGCGAGGACGGGGUCAAAUGUGGAUCCAGGGCCGAACUUCAUGGGCGGUUUGAUCGUGAAGUGGUUCCGCGAACUCAGUGUGAUUUACCUAAACACGAAAUUAUCGAAAACAUCUCCGAUUGAGCGCCAAAACCGCGUCUAUCACAGCGAAAGCAAAGCAAAAAAGAAGAAACGCAAAGACUAUAGAAGAUACUCGUUCAAUGAGCGGCAAGUCACACCACCACCAGCCCCGAGACGAAGAAGUCGAACUAAUGGCUUCGAAGGCCCGGCCAAACCCCCCUCUUUGGUCUCUACAAUGAUGCCGUCACGUUCCACGCCAAACUUGCAGUCGAAGACCCACCCGACCAUCUACUCCUACCUCCAAUCCAGUUUCAAGGGUUCAUCCCGCGAUGACGAUUCCCCGCCCCCUGCGCCCCCCGUGCGAGAUUCAUCAAGUCUCAAAUCCAUCAAAUACGGUCCUGGUCACGAAAAGUUCCCCUCUUGGCCAGUACCGGCUGCUGCUGAGACCCCACAAGCUCUUCGGGGGCCCCCAAGCGGUGGUUCGCACCGGUCCAAGUCAUGGACCGACCAUACCAACUACCCCAAGGAGAAGGUCGUAGCCUACACGCGGCCCUACAUGAAAAGACAGUCUGCAUACACGCAGCAAAAACUUAAAACUGUGAUGGAACGUUGUGAGAAAAUCCCUCCUGAGACUUACGAAUCUCGCUACUACUUGUCACAUGUUGAUCGUGAUGGCAAGCCUUUAGGCGAUAUGGACUACUUGGUGCCAUCCCCUCCUGAGAGGGACCUCCCUGGGAAACCCCAACUCACCCAAGCCGACUUGGAGGAGUACGCGCGGUCGUACCAAGAGCCUUCCUACGACUCCUCCCUCACCAAAUCCGGCUUGGAGGAGUUCAUGGAGUACACCCGCCAUUACGAGGACUCCAAACACCUCCACCAGAAGCAACUCUCCUAUGCCCAGUCGGAGGGGUACCACAGCUACGUCUCCAGUACCGACUCGACUUCCACCCCCUUCUUGGACCGGCUGAGGAGGGAUAGUGAAGCUGUGGUCACUAGACCCUCCUGGGACGAGGCAGAGGAGCACACGAGGAGGGAAGGGAGGGAUAGUGUAGUGACGACCAGUUCUGGUUCGGUCUCGUCUAGUGAAACUCUGAAAUGGCACGGGUCGAUGAGUGAUGUGUCGGUCGCUAGCAGUUCUUAUACACAUCUUGCCAAUUCAAAUGCGUCGGUUUCGAGACAAUUGAUUGCUCAUAGUGCGAGAGUGCAAACGCCGCAAAGACAUCAUUCCGAGAGUGUUCUGUAUAUGGGGGGCGAGAAUCCCGACAGUUGGAAGGACAAGGAGAGUAGGAAUAAUAACACGAACAAACUCAAAUUGUUUCCGGUGAAUACUUAUACGGUGCAGGAGGCUGAUGGCAGCGCCAACAGCAGGUUAAAUCCCGCCUUAUCAGUGCAAGACCGGAUAACCGAGCUAGAAAAGCAGCAGAAAUACUCCUACUUGGACCCCGAGAAGAAGCACAAAGUUCCUGACCCCACCCUCAAAGCCAUUCAAAAGAAAGCUCUUUUAUCAUUUUACGAGCGCCACCAGAAUCCCAACAAGAACAACUGGCGUUCAGAGCCUCAACUUCCCUCAAUCCCUCAACCUCCUCCACGCGUCAAAGUCCAACUCCCCUCCCGUCGGGCCUCUUCCGCUUCGGACUACUCCUCCGGCAACACCUCGAAACGGAGCAGUUUGGCCUCAACUCAAUCCAAAACGACUGAAAACAUCAAAACUCUCCCAAAACACCAAUACAGCAACUCUUGCGGAAGCCUUUCCACUGAUUUACUAGGGCCGAUUAUCGUCGGGCCUUCGAUCUCUGUUGACGAUUGGGUGCCAGACAGCCCCCCAGCGAGACCACCAAAGAACCCCCACUUGAGGACCACCUUCCCGGAUUUGUUCAACCAGCGAGUACCAAGCCCGGAUUUGCCACCCCCGUCGCCGCCGACGGUGCUCGAAGACGAGGUUUUCAAUAAUGAUGAUCCGCUCCCUCCACCGCCCCCGGAGUGCCAAAUGGCCGGGCCACAAGUGGAAAAAAUCAAGCAAACUGUGGGAUUACCGAAUCAAUGUCGGUAUAGUAGUGUCCGAUCGUCGAUAAAAACCAGACCUGCUGGGCAUAUUAUCCAGCAAGUCAGUAGUAGACCAUACAAUGGAGGGCUUAAUCAAUACGCGAAAAGGUCAAACACGAAAUAUCCAGCGACCCAAAAGCUGGUUUUGAAUGGAAAUGUCGCUGUGAGUCAGAAGGUGGUCAAUGGGUCUGACCAAUACAGAGCAGAACCCUUGAAACCGAUCCAGAAGGAGGUUGACUUGAAGAAGGUGCAAAGGGCGUCGAUUGCUGAAGGGUCGCCACCCCCCUUGCAGCCGAGACAAGCAAGGGUCAAUCAGAGCAUGAGAGGGAGGAUUUCACACGCCGUUGUCAAUAACUCCCCCAAAGGGAGAGAAAGCCGGUCACAAUCACUGAGCCAGUCAAAGGCCUCCUACUUGGCCUCGCGCCGCGACCGAAUAGUCCCCGACUCAGAAACGGGCAGUUACAAACGCACAAUGUCACCAAACGGCCAUACUCUCAACGAGACAAUUACCGAAUCGACGAAAGAGCCAGUCUGGUCCAUCAACAGACCGACCAAAGACUUGGUCAAAACCAACAACAACACAAACCUGUCCCGAAGAUCCUCCCUAAACGACAAAAGUAAAAAAACGCUGGAAAAAGAAGAGAUGGUGGUACUACCUGACGUCCUCCCCAUCAACGCCAAAAUCUACACUCAAUACCGCCCAACAAGCCUAAAUUUGCCCGAAAACGGCCCCAAAAAGUCCCCUCCUGAAUCCCCAACAAAGACACCUCCCAGAGGCUCACCCUUCACUCCACUCCGCUCAACGAAUCUAUCAAACCCUCCACUGCUGGCAUCCUACAUCAAACCGGUCUCUCCACACGAAUCUCCCCCUUCGCCGAAAAUCAAGCAAUCGCUCUCUCCCAUGAAACUCUCCCCUUUGAGAACAUCACCUGAGGCAUCACCUCCACCCUCCCCCAAGAAAGCAGAAGAGUGUCCGAAAGUGGUUGAGGGGUUGCAGUUGAUUCAAAGAACGGAAGUUGUUUUGCGAGUCAAUACUUCGACGACGGAUGCGUCAUCACAGACGGAAAAAGACGAACUUCCCCCAACUCCCCUCCCGACUAGAAAGAAGUUGCAGGAGGAAAUCGAAUGUGAGAAGUUGAGUGAAGAUUUUGUUAAUCAUUUGCCAACUUCCGACCGGUUGAAAGAAUUGCUAGUGCCAGGACCUGAUUACAAGAAACCGACAGAUUAUGUUCAAGGGUUGUUCAGGGUUGAUGUUACAUCGAGACCAAGGCCGGUCAAUUCGCCAUUUAGGAGUAGGAAUAACACCCCCAGUUGUAGCCCCCCGCCGAUUGUCACCACAAUCACUCCUGCCACCACCACUAAAAUAAGUUCAACGACGUCCCCUAUGAGUUCCUUAAUAGAGCCGACAAGUCCCCUGUCUGGAUCUUCAACCUACUUCACCAUAUCCGAGCCAAAAGCUAAAUUCUUAACUAGGUAUAGUCAAGACAUGAAUCAGUGUCAUAUCGUCAAGAAUACCAAAGAUCUCACACUUAAAAAGGAGGAGUUGGUUAACCGAUUGGACCGGAAACUUGAAGUCUUGCGAUCGGAACAAUUGGUCGUUUCAGAAGAAUGUAAAAUCAACGACGAACUUGGCGACAAUGUUGAGGCUCAUAUACGGAGGUUGGCGAGGCCACACGAAGCCGACAAGUUCAGAUUACACAUUGAGGAAGUGGGCAAGAUCACGAGUCUGCUUCUGGGGCUGUCGGGGCGCCUGGCAAGGGCCGAAAACGCCCUCAUGGGCAUGCCAGAGGACCAUCCAGAGAGGCGGAUUUUGGAGAGCAAACGCGACAAGCUGCAGGAGCAGCUGGAGGAGGCGAAGAAGCUGAAGGAGUGCAUCGACCGGCGCAGUGUGAGUGUCUCAAACAUCCUUUACAAGUACUUGAACUCGGAGGAGUACACCGACUACGACCACUUCAUCAACAUGAAGGCGAAACUAAUAAUGGACUCGAAAGAGAUCGCGGAUAAGAUCAAAUUGGGAGAGGAGCAGUUGUUGGCGUUGAAAGAAACUCUAAUUGUCGCAGACUGAUUUAAGUUUUAGUGUAAUGCUUUACCAUUCGAGUUUUAUCGAAUGUGCCUAGUCCAGUGACAUUUCCUUCGCUUUCACGAAUCCAUCUUGUGUAAUAUACUUUUACAUAUAUUUUUUAGUUUACGGUAUUUGUAGUUUAUGUUAGUGGUACUUGUAAUUGUGGUAUUUUGAAUAUUUCGUUCGGUUCGUUUCGAUUUAUUUGAUAAUACCAACACCGUAGGGUCAACCUCGCAAUAUCUACUAAGGGCUUGUGUCGGUAGAUUGACUGCUCCACUUGGCGUCUCUUACCAUUUUCACAAAUGGCUAUGACGGCGGCGUCGGGGCAGAAUAGGCUGUUAUGUCGUGCAUUUUCAUAUUUAGUUAAAACAUAUUUAUAAGUGCAAAUAUGGUAAUCGUGUGAAUGAGGAAGGCCCCACAUUAUUUGCAGCGAUCUUAUUUCGUUUAUUUAUUGCCCAUUAGUCAUUUGAAGGAAAAUUCAGUGCUGUGGAUUUUGUAGGGUUACCUUCUCGUGUAAGACAUUACCUAAUACAUCUUCCUACCAAGUAUUUAAUUGUAUCUUAGGUGUACAAAUCUAAAUUAUAACUCAAUGAUUUUUGUUUCGUUUACUAAGAGAGCAAUUGUAUAUAGUCUAUUUUUUCUAUGUAUUUAAAAUCGAAAAUGGUGCUCUGGAAAUUUUUUAUGUUUUUUACUAAGUUGUUAGGUACAUUGUGAUUUUUUCGUUUAUACUGAAACUGAGUCGUAUGUAUUUCUACAUAUUUUAAUAUAUCUGUAAGUGUGUUAUUUACCUGCAUACAAUUUCAAGAUAGAUUAUUUUAAGCUUUAUGCAUCGCUUGCAAUAAAUAAUUGAAUAACGUUUA